AUGUUGUUUAAUUUGUACGGCUAUGUUGAGGCAAGUCUCAAAUACAUCCUGGUCUUCAAAAAUGAACAAGAUAAAGAUUUUUUGAUCGUUGAAAACCCGGCAGAUAUAGGAAUGUCUGGCUUGUUGAGAAUACAUGAAGAAAAGAAAACGAUGCAAUCAUUACCGCAUGAGAUCAGAAGCACACGUUUCCCUGAUAGAGGUACGGUCAAUAAACGUUUUGACUACGAUGAUAAGUACCAUUAUAGUCACAUUGCUGGUAUCAAAAGGAUCAGCUAUGGGACAUACCAUGAUGUGAUUAAAGAAAACCCAGACAUCGAGUUUGAAGUUAUUAAUGUAAUAAUAUCCAUUUUAUCGUAUCAAAAAAUUAUGAAACUGUCGCAAAGAGAUAAUCAUAGGG